UCUCGCCUGAGGACGUGAGCCAUUGAUGGGCUGGAAGGAGGCCAGGUCUGAGCACCUGGGGCUGUGGGUCCCUGUGCUGGCCGUCCUUUUGCUGGAAUGCUGCCAGGCACCCCCUAUCCCUGACUCCAGCCCCCUCCUCCAAUUUGGAGACCAAGUUCGACAGCUGUACCUCUACACAGAUGACACUCAGGAGACGGAGGCCCACCUAGAGAUCAGGGCUGAUGGCACGGUGGCGGGGACUGCCCGCCAGAGCCCCGAAAGUCUCUUGGAGCUGAAAGCCCUGAAGCCAGGGGUCAUUCAGAUCUUGGGAGUGAAAACAUCCAGGUUCCUGUGCCAGAGCCCGGAUGGGACACUGUACGGAUCGUUCCACUUCGACCCCGUAGCCUGCAGCUUCCGGGAAGUGCUUCUGGAAGAUGGGUACAACAUCUACCACUCUGAGACCCUGGGCCUCCCACUGCGCCUGCCCCCCCACGACUCCCCAUACCGGGACCUGGCGCCCCGGGGACCUGCCCGCUUCCUGCCCCUGCCAGGUCUGCUUCCGGCCGCCCCAGAGCCCCCCGGAAUCCCCGCCCGCGAGCCUCCCGACGUGGGCUCCUCAGACCCCCUGAGCAUGGUGAGGCCUUCGCAGGGUCGAAGUCCCAGCUACGCUUCCUGAAGCCGCGGGCUAUUUAUUACGGGGUCUCCUCUUUAUUUAUUGG